AUGUCAUUUCAAGAGAUUCCAAUACUUGAUUUAAAAUUAGCUUUAGAUCCUGAAACCAAACCUAAAUUUCUUGAAGAUUUAAGAAAUGCAACUAUUAAUGUUGGGUUUUUAUUAUUGAAAAAUUAUGAAUCAUUAGGUCCUACACAAGAAGAACUAGAACAAGUUAAACAAAUCGCUUUAGAAUUCUUUGCUUUACCUGAUGAAAUUAAAUUACAAUGUGAAAUGAUAAAUAGUCCACAUUUCUUAGGAUAUACAAGGUUGGCAAAUGAAAUAACUGCUUCACAUACUGAUUGGAGAGAGCAAAUUGAUUUGGCAACUGAAUUACCAGCUCCAACUUCAGAUGAACCGAUUUAUAGAAAUAUUGAAGGUCCAAAUCUUUGGCCUGAUUCAAAAGCUAUUCCAAAUUUUAGACCAAUAAUAGAAAAUUAUAUUAAAAAAAUGACAACUUUAAGUGAAAGUUUUAAAUAUUUAGUUUUAGAAUCAAUUGGUUUAAAUAGAUCUGCAUUAGAUGGUUAUUUUAAGGCAAAUCAACAAUGUAAAAUGAAAUUAAUUGCAUAUCCAGAUGUUUCAGAAUUAGAAGGAGUCAAUUCAGUUGCAUUAAAUGAUACACCACAAACGAAUCAAGGUUGUGGUCCACAUAGAGACUCAGAUUUAAUCACAUAUAUAUAUCAAGCAACUCCUCAUGAAAAUUCAUUACAAGUUCAAAAUUUUCAAGGUAAAUGGAUUAAUGUACCUAAUAUUCCAGGUCAUUUAGUUGUUAAUAAUGGUCAAACAAUGGAAGCUAUAACUCAAGGAGUUUGCAAAGCAACAAUUCAUAGAGUCUUGAUUUCAAAACCUGGUACAGGUACAAGAAUUUCAGUUCCAUUUUUUUCUACAAUUGAUUUAGAUAGUUCGAAAUCUGCAAUUAAAGAUAUACCAAAAGAGAUAAUUAAAGUAAAAGAUGAAAGAGAUGCAAAGAUUAAAGAUUGGGCCGUUGAUAUUGGAUUUCAAUUUAUACCGGAUGUUAAUAAAGAGCCGGUUGGUUAUUCUGUAUUUAGAAAUAGAAUUAAAUCUCAUCAAGAUGUUGCUAAAAGAUGGUAUCCUGAUAUAUUAAGAGAGGUAUUGAAAGAAUAUAAAUAUUAA